AUGGCUGAAGAAUCAAGUCUCACGUUUACAAACCCGGUCAUUCGGGGCUUCAACCCGGAUCCUACCAUCUGCGUAGUUCCCGCUACGGACUCAACCCCAACGACGUUUUUCCUUAGUACUUCGACAUUUGAGUUCUUCCCCGGAUGCGCCAUUUACACGUCAACCAAUCUAAUUGACUGGACACUCAUCGGCCAUGCGCUCAAUCGUCGAAGUCAGAUUGACAUGCGUACCGUUGAGCCCGGUGCGGGUAGUUGGGCCAGUACUUUGAGAUAUCGACCUGAGGAGAAGAGAUGGUAUUUGGCCAAUGGUGUCUUCCACCGCUACCGACCAGCUGUUGAUGAACGUAUCUUUCCCAGAGGAUUCUAUGUCUGGACCGACAAUAUCUGGGACGACAAUGCAUGGUCUGACCCAGUAUACUUUGACAACCCUGGUUUUGACCAAGAUUUGUUCUGGGACGACGAUGGGAAGGUCUAUCUCUCAACUACAAUGCGCUUUGCCUGGCGAGACCCAAAUUCAAAGCAGAAAGAUUUUGGAAUUCACAUCUCCGAGAUCGACAUCUCUACUGGAAGAACCCUCACAGCCCCAAAAGUGAUCCGAAAAUCUCCCCAUGGAAUUGCCGAGGGCUCUCAUAUCUUCAAGCGAGGUGACUGGUAUUAUCUCUUGACUGCUGAAGGAGGCACAGAAGCCGGUCAUCAAGAGUGGGUGUUUCGAAGCAAAGAUGGCCCAUUAGGUCCAUGGGAGAGCCAGGGAAAGCCUCUUUGGUAUAAUGGACCUGAUGAAGAAGUUCAGAGAACGGGACAUGUUGAUGUUUUUGAGGAUGGUAACGGGGAUUGGUGGUCUGUCUUGCUGGGUGUUCGACCGGUGCAACACCAGGGGACCUUUUUGGAACCGCAAUUAGGGCGAGAAACCUUUCUCGUCAAGGUUGAGUGGAAGGACGACUGGCCCAUCUUCAACGAUGGUAACAACAUCACACUGAAGACUACAGGAAGAUAUCUUAUCAAGUCAGCUUCGAAGCCAAGCCUUCAGACAUGGAAGGCCGAUCUUUCAAAAGAUGACCUGGAAUUUGGAUGGUACCAAAAGAAUACACCCAUCAAGCAAAGUUACACUCUUACAGAAAAGCCGAGUGUGCUAAGACUCUACGGUAACUGCUACGAUUUGACCAGCCCCGAGGCUCCAGCCAUGCUUUUGAGGAAACAGACUUCGUAUAACCAGACAUUCAAAGUAAAAAUGGAGUUCAAGCCUACAGUUCGAGGCUACGAAGCUGGUGCUGUUCUAUGGUGGAGCCAGCACUCUUAUGCUUCAUUGGGAGUUAAAGCUUCACAAAAUGACGACGGAAAGAUUAAAACAAAGAUCAGCCAUAAAGGAGCCGCUGGAAAGACCAACGAGUUCAAAACUUUAGAGACGGAUUUUGGAGACAGCCUCCAGAACGUUGAGUUUUCAAUCCGAGCAUACCCGACUAAGUACGAGCUUUCUCUUAAGGCUGGAGGAAAGGAGUCAGAGGUAUAUACUGUCGACGCCAGUGCUUUGACAGUGAUGCCGCCGCACGGAGGAUGUUUUGCAGGUACCAUGUUUGGAAUCUAUUCCUAUGGCAAGAACCAGCCCGUGUUGGAUCCAGCAGACUUUUCAGAGAUUAGCACAGAGGAGCUUGAGUAG